AUGACGUCCAGUUACGAUAUAAAUUCCCUAACUCUAGGGGUUCCUGAUUAUGAUAUAACUGAUAUUUCAACGUUCGAUUUGACCAGAUUGGGAGAUUUGAAAAAGCUGAUAGAAUCAUCUUUGACACACCUAUUUGAUACCUUAAAAGACCAAAAUGUGGAUAUGGACACUUCUUUGCUGACCGAAGACGGCUUUCCAAGAGAUGAUAUUGAUAUCGUAAAGGUGAGACUAACUCGAACGAGCAUUGUAAGAUUACGGAAUGACCACAAGAAAAUUCUGGAAGCUCUCAAUUUGAGGUUACAGGAGCAUUACAGUAACAACACCAUAUCCGACUCGACUUCCAAAGACCAAGGCGAUGUUGUCGAAUCAGCAAUUCCGUUUGCAAGAAUCUCAGAAGUUGUCAGAGAUAGUCCUGCUGACAAGGCUGGUUUACAAUCGGAUGACCUCAUAGUAACUUUUGAAAAGCUAACUACGACCAGUGCCAAUUUGUUACAGAAUAUCAGUCGGAUAGUCUUGGAGAAUGAAAAUCAGCCUAUCAAACUGACAGCAAAGAGACACGGAGAACUGCUUGAACUGACUCUGACUCCAAAGAAAUGGGAAGGUGGGGGACUUCUUGGCUGUAGGCUGAAUCUAUUAUAG